AAAAUAAUAAUUUCUUUACAUGAUUUUUGCAUGAUUCCUUAAUAAUUUCUAAAUUAAUCUUACAAAAGUAAUUAAUCACCUGUAUUUUUUAUUUAGCUAAUUUAUAGGUUUUUUAAAUAAAAAAAAAAUAAACCUCCCCAUCUACUAGUCUUCUACUCUAUAUUGCAAAUAUAUACUAAUUAUAAGAUGCCUGUACCCAAGGUAAACAGGGUAUAGAACAGCUUGAACUUGGAUAUAAUUAUAAUUGUAUUAAUUAUAUUAGUUAUAAGUGAUACUAAAACCCCUGAUCAGACCAAAAUACUAGAGCUACUGCCUGCCAAUAGGUCACAUUUACUGGAAUCACAGAACCAAAUUUUCUUACAUCAGAUGCUCAGGUUAAAGACAAACACUUUAAAUCACUAAUUGACCCUGAUCGGAGAGUAGGAACUGAAACAUAAUAUGUACGUCAGCAACUUUCUGAAGGAUGUGGAUUAUUUACACAAACAGCUUGCCAUACAUGGCAGCCCCCCCUGCUGGACCCUGCUGAUCCUGCCCCGCGCCCUGGGGAGGUUUCAAGCUUUGUCCGGAUACGUGGAGGAAAACAAAAAUGGCUCCCUCCACACCUUCCCACCUCUUCUCUCUGUGUUUGCUCGCCGUUUUCGUCUCGGCGGUGAACUCUCAGUACGAAAAGUACAGCUUCAGGAGCUUCCCCAGACACGAGCUGAUGCCCCUGGAGUCCGCCUACAAGUACGGGCUGGACCAGUACACGGCGGAGAAGUGGCAGGAAACGGUGGAGUACCUGGAGGUGUCGCUGCGCCUCUACCGCCUGCUGCGGGACAGCGAGGCCUUCUGCAACCUGAACUGCAGCUCCGUGCGGCUGGACGACGAGCAGAAGUUUGCGGACUUUCCGGAGCUGCGGGCGUUCGGGAACGUGAUGAAGAGGGCGCAGUGCCUGAAGCGCUGCAAGCAGGGGCUGCCAGCUUUCAGACAGAGCUUACCCAGUAGAGACACCAUCGAUGAGUUUGAUCGGAGAGAGCCCUACAAAUACCUGCAGUAUGCCUACUUUAAAUCUAACAACCUGGCCAAAGCUGUGUCUGCUGCUCACACCUUUCUGCUGAAACACCCGGAUGAUGAGAUGAUGCAGAAGAACAUGGCUUAUUACAAGAGUCUACCUGGAGCUGAAGAACAUCUAAAAGAUCUGGAGACCAAAUCCUAUGAGACUUUAUUUGUGCGCGCCGUGAAGGCGUACAACGGCGAUAACUUCCGGACGUCGGUGUCGGACAUGGAGCUGGCACUGAGGGACUUCUUCAAGGUCUACGACGAGUGUCUGGCUGCGUCCGAGGGUCCGAGACACGUCAAAGAGUUUAAAGAUUUCUACGCCUCCAUAGCUGACCACUACACUGAAGUCCUUGAGAGAAAGGUGAUGUGUGAAAGCGACCUGACACCCGUAGUCGGAGGCUUCGUCGUCGACAAGUUCGUGGCGACGAUGUAUCACUACCUGCAGUUUGCCUAUUAUAAACUGAAUGACCUGAAGAACGCGGUGCCGUGUGCAACCAGCUACGUUCUGUUUGACCCCAACGAUGAGGUCAUGAACAACAACGUGGCCUACUACAAGUACCACAGAAACAAGUGGGAUCUGACGGAGGAGGACUUCCUCCCCAGAGCAGAGGCAGUGCGGUACUACAAUCAAACCACCCUGCAGCUGCAGAUGCUGGAGUUUGCAAAGCAACGCCUUAUGAGCGACGAUGAGGGAGAAGUGGUGGAGUUUAUAGACGAGUUUCUGGACGAGGACCAAUAGCACACAUGGAGACACUCCAAAAUACUCAAUUAGAAAUGACUAAACACUCCAUUAGUCUGUAUUUAUUUGAAUACUGCGUUUUUUUUUAUUUAACAUUUUGGUUUUACCUCCACCUCUAAAGCACCAGUUGCGUUUGUAAUUUGUCAUUUUGUGCAGCAAGUAUCCAGUUUUACUGUCUUCUGAAUUCAUUCAAUGCUGUGAAUGGUGUUGUUUUUUUAUGACAAUAAACAAAGUUUCUGGA